AUGUGGUCAAUAAAUGAUAAAGAAUUUUGUGGUUUUGAAUAUUGUUAUUUAAAAUCUGUUAACCGAAGUUACAAAUACGUUUCAGCCAAAAUGAAUUUGCAUAAAUUGCCAAUAACUAAGUUUUCGGUAAAUUUUUCAUUGAUGAAACGGUUUAAUGGAUAUAAACCAUUUCUGUACAAUAUAACGAUUGACGGUUGCAAGUUUCUGGGGAACGUUAAAUCUGGAAAUCCAGUGGCUAAAUAUUUCUUUGGCUUUAUUUCACCCUAUACAAAUGCGAACCAUAGUUGUCCUUAUUAUCAUGACAUCAUGGUUAAUACAGUCCCUGCAAGUUUUAUCGACUAUAAAGUAACUCAACUUCUCCCGUUUCCCGAGGGAGAUUAUAUGAUGGAUAUGACUGGUACAGUUUUUGGGGUUCAAAGUGCUAAUGUUAAGGUAUAUGGAACUCUUUCGUAG